UGAAGUGUCAUUGUCAUUCACGAAGAUCUAUGAAAGGCAUCGGCUUGUGUAAAUUUAAUCUUGUCUACGAAAGAAAGCAUUGACUGCAUUGAAAUACUAGAAAACAAGAAAGUGCUUACCUGUUUCAUACUAUAUUGUGCGUGUUAAUAUAAUUUUGAAUAUCAAUAGUAUUUAAAAUGGAUCAGGUGAACCAGUUAAAGGAGAAGGGUAAUGCCGCGUUAGCCUCAGGUAAUUACUAUGAGGCAAUUAAACAAUACACUGAAGCGAUUGCCAUAGAUCCCACAAACCACGUUUUAUUCAGUAAUCGUUCAGCGGCUUACGCUAAAGCUGGUGAUUACGCUGCAGCAUUGGAGGACGCGAACAAAACAGUUUCUCUCAACCCUACAUGGAGUAAGGGGUAUUCCAGAAAGGGCAGUGCCUUGGCCUAUCUUGGCCGCUUUGAUGAGGCUAUUGAAGCUUAUGAUAAGGGUUUGGAACUCGAUCCAGGGAAUCAGCAAUUAGCAGCAGGGUUAGCGGAAGUUAGGAAGCAUGAGGUGGAAUCUAGAGUUAAUUCGCAGAUGUUUAUCGAUAAAUUAAAGGCAAAUGCAGAGACAAGAGAAUGGUUGAAAGAUCCUGAGUAUGUGAAAAUGGUUGAGCAAUUAGCUAAGAAUCCUCUAGACAUCCAAAACUUCGAGAUGAAAAUGAAUGACAAACGAUUCAGAACAACACUCAAUGUGAUGUUAGGCUUCGACUUUGGUAAUGCCAUGGACGUAGACCCUCCGACUCCAGAGAAUAAGUCCACGCCACCCCCACCCCCUAAGGAAGAGCCUCCAAAACCUACAUAUGAAGACUUACCGGAAAACCGUCGACUAGCAUUACAGGAGAAGGACCGUGGAAAUGACUUUUACAAGAAAAAGGACUUCGAAAAUGCUCUCAUACAUUACCGCAAAGCAAUAGAACAUGAUUCCACGGAUAUAACUUUCUACACAAACAUAGCUGCAGUAUAUUUCGAACAAAAAGAGUAUGAGAAAUGUAUCAAGGAGUGUGAAAAAGCAAUUGAAAUCGGUAGAGAAAAUAGAGCUGAUUUUAAAUUAAUAGCUAAGGCAUUUACUAGGAUUGGCAAUGCAUAUAAGAAAAUGGAGCAAUGGAAGCUAGCAAAAACGUACUUUGAGAAGUCUAUGUCAGAGCACCGUACGCCCGAGAUCAAGACACUGCUCAGUGAGGUUGAACGGAAAAUCGUCGAGGAGGAGAAGAAAGCAUACAUUGAUCCCGUUAAGGCUGAACAGGAGAAAGAACUGGGCAAUGAAUAUUUUAAGAAAGGCGACUACAGCACGGCGGUGAAACACUACACGGAAGCGAUCAAACGCAACCCGGACGAGCCGAAGCUGUACUCGAACCGGGCCGCGUGCUACACGAAGCUGGCCGCCUUCGACCUCGGUCUCAAGGACUGCGACCAGUGCUGCAGCCUCGACCCCAAGUUCAUCAAGGGCUGGAUCCGGAAGGGCAAGAUUCUCCAGGGUAUGCAGCAGCAAUCGAAGGCCCUGUCAGCGUACCAGAAGGCGCUGGAGCUGGACCCCAGCAACGCUGAGGCGCUGGAGGGCUACCGCGCCUGCUCCACGCAACUCAACUCCAAUCCUGAAGAGGUGCGCAAGCGCGCCAUGUCGGACCCGGAGGUGCAGCAGAUCCUGCGCGACCCGGCCAUGCGCUGCAUCCUGGAGCAGAUGCAGCUCGACCCGCACGCGCUGCAGGACCAUCUGCGCAACCCCGACAUCGCCGCCAAGAUACAGAAGUUGCUCGAGUACGGCCUCAUCGCCAUCCACUAGGCGCUGUGCCUCCCGUCACUUGAAACGACAUCGCUGCUACACUAUGCCUGGAGACGAUCGAACUGAAGACAGGAGUACCGACACCGUGAAAGAAUAUGAUAGUGAAUGCCGUGAAAUUGAACUAAUAUUCCACUUGCAAAACCGACAUUGCUGUCAAGAUAUGGAAUAUGGACUCAUCACAUAGACCAAGUUAAUGCUGAUUUAGUCUUAAACUCUGAAGAUAUACUGAAACCGAGUUAUUAACUGAGAAACCGAAUAAUCACUGAAAAAAAAACUAACUCGAAGUCAAACACACUAAAAAAAACUUCUGAAACUGAAAACUGGUCUUCUAAACUAUACAAAACUGAAUUAUCCCACUAUGUACCCGGUUUGUGUUUGAAAAUCCUCCAGAAAUACACAAUUUAUGGUCAUAUUACUAGAAUUUUAAACCCCAAAAAGUAUAUGGUGUAACAAUAUGAAGAAAUAUAUUACAGAAUCUUCUGGAAUCCAGCCACGUCACUAUAUACUAGUGUAAUUUAUGAAUUGUUAUAUAAAGUGGUGUUUAGUAUAAUAAUUAUGCUCAGUCUUAUGGUAUUCCACUCGCCCAACCCUUCGUUCAAUAUUAUUGCUAUCCUGCAUACAAUUUGGUACCUAAGAAGAAAUAGCGAUAAUAACAUGAGAUUUAGUGCUGACUAUAAUUUGAGCUUUCCCUAAAGUUGCAUUCCCAUUACGAAUACUCACGUGCAGCAAAAACAAAGAAAAUGCUUGAAACUCUUAUUAUUUCAUACAUUCGUAGCAUUAUGAAGUAUAUAUUAAAUGUUAGUUCUAUUUAUAUUAAGCGCUGAUUUAUUUUAGUCCCCUAGUUUACCCGUGCCUUAGGAAGUAACCAUGAAAUUCAUUGAGAAAACUAAGAAUGUCUCAACUGAAACGCUACUUACGAUUUUUUUAAAAUAUUAUGUGCUAAAUAUAUAAGUCCAGUUUUGUCAAGUCUCCAGUUACAAAUAAAUAAAUAAAUGUGCAUUACAAAAAAAAAAAAAAAUGUUCAUGUGCUUAUUUUAGAUAGUGAGCCUAGUGGAGAAUUAUGUUUUUCAGUAAGGUGUGGGUUUUUGAACCCUCAUUCCAAAGUACAGUGUACUGUAUAGUUUUAAUAGACUUGAGUCUUUUAUUACUGAGACUUUAUUCUGGAGUCUGGCGAGAGAGUCUUUUAUUACUGAGACUUUAUUCUGGAGUCUGGCGAGACUUUUUUUUAAUAAAGGCUCAAAUUUUACCAACACUAAUGCUGUGUUAUGUGCGACAAACUCAUAGCACUUUACCCUACUUGGUUUAAGGUUUAUUUUAAAUUAGCAAACUUAUAUGUAUUACUGCCAUGGAAUUUUACAUUAGUUUUUUGUAAUUUAUUCAAUAAAUAAAUAUUGUAGGCAGUUUUA